UAAAGGAUAGCGGUCGGCUACCGCCCGUAAUGGCUGCGGCUCUCGUUUCCUUUUGCGUCAUUUUGCUGUGUUUCGUCAGUUUUGUUCUAAAACGUGUAUUGUGUACAUUAACUUUCUCUCAAGCUGGUAAUCAAGCACUCGUAUACGCAUUAUCUUAAAAAAAGAUUUUAUAUAGAGACUUCAAUAUGGGACGCUAUAGAAGCCGUAGUCGUGACAGAGACAGGAGACGUAGAUCAAGAACAAGAUCUCGUAGUCGAUCACCUAGAGAUAGAAGAAGUUGGGGAGGAGGCGCUGGUCGUGAUAGAGGUAUCAGUGGCCGUAAUAACCGAGGUCAGCCUGGCGCUAAUUUGCGAAAACCAAGAUGGGAUCUUAGUAGAUUAGAGCCUUUUAAAAAAGAUUUUUAUAUACCAACCGAUGUCGUACAGAAUCGUGAUCCACGUAUGGUAGAACAGUAUAGAAGUGAAAAAGAAAUUACUUUGAAAGGAAAAAAUAUACCGAAUCCUGUCUUUACAUUUGAAGAAACAGGUUUUCCUGAUUAUGUACUUAAAGAAAUCAAAAGGCAAGGUUUCAGUGAACCUACGUCAAUACAGGCCCAAGGAUGGCCAAUUGCGUUAAGUGGACGAGAUAUGGUUGGAAUCGCGUCUACGGGAUCUGGUAAAACACUGUCAUAUAUACUUCCUGCUAUUGUUCAUAUUAAUAGCCAGCCAAAACUAAGCCGAAAGGAUGGUCCAAUAGCAUUGGUAUUGGCUCCUACAAGAGAACUUGCUCAACAAAUACAACAGGUUGCAGAUGAUUUUGGUCAUUCAUCGGGCAUAAGAAAUACUUGCUUGUAUGGCGGUGCUCCUAAAGGAGCUCAAGCUAGAGAUUUAGAUGGAGGUGUCGAAAUAGUUAUAGCAACGCCAGGUAGAUUGCUAGACUUUUUGGAAUCAGGAAGAACAAAUUUGAAAAGAUGUACAUAUUUAGUAUUAGACGAAGCAGAUAGAAUGUUGGACAUGGGAUUUGAGCCACAGAUUAGAAAAAUUAUAGAACAAAUAAGACCGGAUAGACAAACAUUAAUGUGGUCAGCUACUUGGCCAAAAGAAGUGAAGAACUUAGCUGAAGACUUUCUUAAAGAUUAUGCUCAAAUAAAUGUAGGAUCUUUACAACUUGCAGCAAAUCAUAAUAUUUUACAGAUAAUCGAUGUAUGCCAGGAUUAUGAAAAAGAGAAUAAAUUAAGUACUCUUUUAAAAGAGAUAAUGGCAGAAAAUGAAAAUAAAACUAUAGUAUUUAUUGAAACAAAACGUCGAGUUGAUGAAAUUACAAGAAAAAUGAAACGCGACGGUUGGCCAGCUGUUUGUAUUCACGGAGAUAAGACGCAGCAAGAAAGAGAUUGGGUCUUACAAGAUUUUAGAUCAGGCAAAGCACCUAUUCUUGUUGCAACAGAUGUAGCUGCACGUGGUCUUGACGUUGAAGACGUCAAGUUUGUUAUCAACUUUGACUACCCUUCUUGUUCAGAAGAUUAUGUUCAUCGAAUUGGACGUACAGGUCGACGACAAAAAACUGGAACUGCGUAUACAUUCUUCACACCCAAUAAUUCUAAUAAGGCUAAUGAUUUAAUUCAAGUAUUAAAGGAAGCAAACCAAGUUAUAAAUCCGAAACUUUUAGAGCUUGCAGAAGGCAAAUCAGCAGCUUAUGGAAGGCAUAGAGGUGGAAGAAACCGAUGGCGAACUCGAACAGGUCGUAACGGUAAAGAACGAAGUUAUACAAGAAGUCGAAGUCGAAGCCAUAGUAGAGAACGUAAUGGACGAACAAAUCGUCGAAGUUAUAGUCGUAGUUAUUCCCGUAGUCGUAGUCCAGUGAAUAAUCGUACAGAAGUCAUUGGGAAAAGUUAUUGGAGUAGCGAAAGAUGAUCUUCUAGCAAUUAGCUUACAAAACAAUGGUAUAUAACGCAUGUAAAUUCUUACAUCUGUUAUAAGAUGAAAGUAAUGUGUGUGUGUCAUACAUAUGUACUGUAAAAUCUCUAUUUAACAAUAUUCUUAUCAUGCAUAUAGUGUGUACUUUAUAAUAGAGUAUACAAUUUGAAUAUUAUUAAUUCAUAUGAAUCUCUUUCAUCCAUUUUAUUUACCAUGUAUUUAUACAAAUACGUGCACAAUAUUCUCAAGAUUCCGUAGCAAAUACUUUGUUACAGAGAGAAAAACAAAAAAAAAAAGAAUAUGAAAAAGAAAUGCAAUAAUAUUAAACAUAUUUGUUCUAUAAUUAUAAUAAUAUUGAUCAAAUUAAUUAG